ACUCAUACACGUGAUGGUUUGUUGGUGCGCGUCAUUCCCCAUGUCUCUCGCUUGCCUCUUAGUAGCCUACUGAAGUGUGGCUAUCAGUUUACAAAUUUAAAAGAAAGAGACAACAAGGGACCCGAUUUAAAGACAGUCUUCUGCAGUGCUUUUAUGCUAUAUUUUGUAUUUGGCUUAAUUUCCAAAGUUAAAUUUCAGGGAAGCUAAUAUGGCUGAUUUAAUGACAGGUUUUGGCAACUUCACCCAUGCGGUUGUUCGGGCUAUUCCUCAGUCCUUUGCCAAAGAAGCGCUGAGGACAAACUGUUCGGAGGUGGACCAGGUCAAAGCUCAGCGAGAGUACGAACAUUAUGUCGGUGUUCUGAAGCAUAAACUUGGGCUGCAAGUGCUUGAACUGCCCGCCGAUGAAAGUCUUCCAGAUUGCGUAUUCGUGGAGGACGCUGCCGUGGUGUGUGGUGAUACCGCGCUGAUAACAAGACCUGGGGCAGCUAGCAGAAGAAAAGAGACUGAAGCCAUGAAGAAGGUCCUAACAGAGCUGAAUUUGAACAUUGUGGUGAUGGAGGAUGAAAUGGCCACCUUGGAUGGAGGAGAUGUACUUUUCACAGGUAGAGAGUUCUUUGUGGGAUUGUCCAAGAGAACCAACCAGCGAGGCGCGGAAAUUCUUGCCGAUGCAUUCAAGGACUACGCCGUGUCCACCGUCCCUGUGGAGGGCAGUCUACACCUAAAGAGCUUCUGUAGCAUGGCGGGCCCGGGCCUCAUUGCGAUCGGCUCCAGUGACCCAGCUCAGCGGGCCCUGAAGAUCAUGCAGCAGAUGAGCGACCAUCGCUAUGAUAAGCUGACGGUGCCCGAUGACCUGGCUGCCAACUGUGUGUACAUGAACCUUCCCAGCAAGGGCCAUGUCCUUCUGCACUGCACGCCCGAGGAGUUCCCCGAGAGCGCCAAGGUCUUUGAGAAGCUAAAGGAUCACAUGCUGAUCCCUGUCUCCAACACAGAGAAAGUAAAAGCGGACGGCGCGCUGACGUGCAUGGGUGUGUUCAUCAACAAGAAAGCAGAAAUCUGAGGGUUGGAAAUGGUUUUCAGGGCUUGGUGGUCAGAUCACCGAAGCACUAAUCAUAACCGAAGGCCCCAACCAAGUACUUAUUGACCCCUGUAUGUUAGUUCCUGUGGUACUGAUUGAUAAUUGUUGUCGAAUGGUUGUUUACAGACUGUUCAGUACUUUUGAGUUCCCAUGUAUGUAUGUGUAGUAUGUUUACACCACCGAGACCCUGAAACUUACGACACAUUAAUUUACUAAUAAACAUACGUUGCGCAUUUCAAUUUAAUAUUUAAAUAUUCUUUGCUAAGAAUUGUAAAGAAUUAAAUAAUUAAGUCUGGUUUAUUGCACAUUUCUGAAUAUGUAUAUGAACUUCUAGGAGUAAUUAGGAUGGGGUCUUAGAAGAAUUUAAUUUGAAUAAUCAGCAAGUCACCGGGUUCUGAAGUACAUCACUUUUUAUUUUGGCUGUCGAUCGAUCGAUGCCAUGCUGUGAUUUUGGUGCUAGCAAUUCAUACAGUUGAUUGUUGCUUUUUAUUCUUCUGUGACUUAGGUAUCUUUCUCCAUUGCCUGUAAGCUUGUUGUGAAUGUUUUGUGUUAAUUUACUAUAACCAAGCUGUGCCUCUGCAUGACGGAUUAAGCACAGCCUUGCACUGUGACCUGCAUCUGAAUGAGCUGUUUGGAGGUUGUUUGUACAAUCUUUUUCUUUUUGAUGGAAUGAUCUGCCACCUGACAGUUCCAGGAGUAGUCAUGGCAAUGUUAGUGUGCCAUAUGUACGUGACCUAUGAUUAUGGCACAGUUCUGUGUAGUGUUUAAUCUUAAUGCCUACUCCUGUUGCACUCCUGCAUUUAAUGUGGGAGAGUCUGCUAACCCUCAUCUAAUCCUCACUAUGUCCUGAUAGUAGGCCUAUAUAACCCCUCUCAUUUCUCAAAUAGAUUUUUCACUGAGGCUAAAAUUGGGAUGAAACAUGGAAAGAAUUAUUUUGGAAGACCAGCAUGUUAUCCCAUGAAUACUAUCUUAUUUCUACCUUUCCUCUUGCACACAGUGCUGGUGUAAUUUAUGACAAUGAUGUCAUAUAGUCUGGCGCAAGAUCAAGAUGACCAGCUUUGAAAAAGUUUCAUUUGUGACACAAGUUUGGCAAAGAGUGUGAUGACAGCACAGUUGCUGUGCGUGGUGUUGAGCUCAGUCAGUUGAGUGCAGUGCAGAUGUUGGGCUUUUUCGUCAUGGAAAAAUCUGUCAUUAUUCUGGCUUACUACACGAUGACUUUGGGGUAGCCCUGCCCUCCUGUUAAUGAACAGUUGGGUACUAAAUACCCUGAAAUAAAAAAUAUUGAACCACUUUUAUACAGUUCUAUUUUUAUUGGAAAGGACAGAUUUAUUAAAACGAUUGACUAUCAAAUGAUUCCAUAAAAAAAUGUAUCCAUUAAAAUGUGUAUGUUUGCCAUUGUGAUAUUUGAAAUUGUUUUUAGAUACUGUAAUCCUCAGGUUUUUUUUGUUGUCUAGUUUUGUAUGUGAACAUGUGUGUGUGUGUGCUUUAUUAACUUACUGGAGUAUUGCUUGCUUUUGUCAAAUAAAGUUAGCCUAAUAUCAAAA